AUGAAGUUUACGUUCAAGUUUCCGAUUUCAACAUUGUUCAAAUAUAAACCUCAAAAAUUCAAUUUUGGAUUAGAACAAGAAAUUCGUCUGAAGUUAAACUCUUUACCUUCUGUCACUAAGAUUUAUACCAACCCAGAUGGAUCACCAAGAGUCCCUACUGAUGAAGAAUUUAAAACUAUUGCUGAAUUACAAAACUUGUACUAUAAAAGAAAUUAUUCAGAGUGGAAUUGGAUAUUGCCAGGAAUCCCAAAGGAGCAAUUACAAUUAUUCAAAGACAACUCCCAAGAUUUAACACACUUUGGUUUUGUUUCUAAAGAUUCAGGUAAAAUCAUUGACAAAAUUCCUUAUAAAGAUGCUAGUACUGGUGAAUUAAAGUGGAAAAUCAUCAGAGAAACCUCAAAAGCCGAAGGUUGGGAAAUUCCAUACUUUUACAUUGUAUUACCAGUUUUUGCUUAUAUAUUCUACGUUAAAUACACCCAACAGACCAAAUUGAGAGAAUUAGAAGGUCCUGAUUGGGCAGAAAAGGAAUUGAGAUUGAGAGCUAUGGAAGAUUAUUUCCACGGAGACACUGCUAAGGCCAAGGAAUUUUUGAGCAAUGAAGGUAAAUCCAAAAGGGAAAUCCAAGAUAGAGAUGACUUGGUUGUUGCCAGAAUCUUGGCUGGUGAUUAUGAUAAGUUGGCUGAAUUGAAAAAGAAGUUACCAAAAGACUUGAUCAAGACUGAAGAAGAUCCUGUUUUUAAAUACUAA